CUGAAGAUAAAAGACACGAGCCCCCACUUUUCCCACACAACCCUGGGCUGUCAGCUGUACACUUGUUCAGCUUGACAGAGGCGAUACAGCGGCUGACUUUCAAGCAUUUGGCAGCCACAUGGAGGAGAACGAGCAGUCAGCAAGAGGCCUCCAUUUCGUGGGCAAGAAGGAUGAACUUAUUGAAGCAAAGCGGUCUUUCAGAUCAAUAGAAGAUCGGGAUAUACUGAUUAUCUACCACCAGGGAGUCUUCUAUGCUAUGGAUUCUUACUGUUACCAUGCUGGAGGAAUGCUGAACAACGGCGACAUUGAGCAGGAAAUUAACGGCAAGCUGUGCAUAAUUUGUCCGAAGCAUAAGUACAAGCUCACUCUAGCCAAAGGGGAGUGCUUAUACAAAGGCAACAACCCCAAGGAAAAGCCACCUGUGCCCAGAUGGUACUCCAAGGGUGUGAAGCAGAGAACGCACACAGUCACAGAGAACAAUGGGGAGAUCUACGUCAAGCUCUCCGAUAACCCAAAUUGGAUCGAAUCAGAUUACUACCAAGGAGAAAAAGGCAAGAUAGAACGAGCCAAAGCUGAGGCGUCUGAGAAGGAAACAUCUUGACAGUAAUGGAUGAAGAUUGCACCCACGUGUUUUCUUUUUGUCUGCUUUGAUCUCCUCUAAAUAAUUGCAUGAUGACUGUAUGGCAAGGUUGUUAGUGAUGACAUGCACUCUGUGGUCAAUUUAUUAGCACUCAGUUGGAUAGAUAGCUCUAAAGUGGCUCUUGUUUUUGGUCAUUUUUGACUGUAUUUACACGUUUGUUUGGGUGAUGGUUUAUUUCAAACACUGGUAAAGCAUUGCCAUUUAACACUGAUGUCUGUUUGUCAAUAGCAUCAUCUCCAUCUCUAAAUAAACAUUUCUAAGGAUGAA